UUUUUCUUUUUGCAAUUUUCUUUUAGAGUUGGGAUUCUCUUUGUCCGGGCUUACUGGUUUGAGUGUUGAUUCUAAAGGAAAGUUUUUUUUUGUUGUUUCUUUUUCAUUUUGUUUCUGUUGAUUUUGACAACAAUAACUUGUGUCAGCAAUGUUUUUCCGUUCAUUAUUUUGAUUUUUUUUUUUUGCUAUUUUGGGAUCGUUAAGCGUGCCAUUUGGGAUCAUUUUUUGUUUUUCCUUUUAGAACAUUUUGGGGAUAGGUGAAAAACCCUAAUUUCUUGUCAUGCAUGUCUUUCGUUUUUGGGUAUUUGUAAUAAUGGAUUAUGAUUAACUUCUGGAUGCUGCUUUUACUGAAGAUGACAUUUUUAUUAGAUAUUAUGUUGAAAGCUAGCUUUUGUUGCUCCAAGUAACAACUAUUGCAAUUUUUGUACAUGUAAUUUAUCAACUUCAAGAUCUCUCUCUCUUUUUUUUUCCCGAGUGAAAUUCAUAAUUAACAUCAACAAGAAAUGAUGUUUUUUUAUUUUCUGAGAAAGGCAAUUCAAUGGCUUACGAUUUUCAAAUGAAUGUGUUUAAAUUGGGUCCGAGCAACGUUAGUGCAAAACUUAUGCAAAACUUAUACAGCAGCCGCAGUUGUAGCUGCAAUUGUUAUUUUGUAGGCUUUCAAAACCUUGGUGUUUUUGCAGCAGAGACUGUGGCUGUUGACCUUUGAUUAAAACCUUGCUCAAGUGGGUCCCUAGCAGUUGUAGCUGCAAUUUUUAUUUUCUGAGAAAGGCACUUCAAUGGCUUACGUUAGUGCAAAGCUUAUAUAACAGCCGCAGUUGUAGCUGCAAUUGUUGUUUUGUAGGCUUUUAAAACCUUGAUGUUUUUGCAGCAGGGACAGUGGCUGUAGACCUUUGAUUAAAACCUUGCUCAAGCCAUGGAUUCCUUUGACCCAGAAGGAAAUGGGAAGGAGGAGUCGCUUCCACCACCACCUCCUGUUGUUCCCUCUAAUGUUGUACCUCUAAAAGCUGAAGAAGUACUCUCUCAUGCUGAACCUGUAAAGAAAAAGGUGUCUCGACUUCCAAUUGCCAGACGGGGUCUGGGAUCCAGAGGAACGAAAAUACAAUUACUAGCCAAUCACUUCAAAGUUAAUGUCGCUAAAAGCGAUGGACAUUUCUUCCAUUAUAGCGUGGCUUUUACUUAUGAAGAUGGACGUCCUGUAGAAGGUAAGGGUGUAGGGAGAAAGAUUAUGGACAGGGUGCAGGAAACGUACCAUUCUGACUUAAAUGAUAAGGACUUUGCAUAUGAUGGGGAGAAAAGUUUGUUUACUCUUGGCUCUCUUCCUCGGAACAAGCUUGAAUUUGAAGUUGUUCUGGAGGAUGUCACCUCUAACAGGAACAAUGGCAAUUGCAGUCCUGAUGGUAAUGGGGACAAUGAGAGUGACAGAAAGAGAAUGCGGCGUCCUUAUCGUUCAAAGUCAUUCAAAGUAGAGAUAAGUUACGCAGCAAAAAUUCCAAUGCAGGCCAUCACUAACGCUUUACGUGGUCAAGAGACGGAGAAUUUUCAAGAAGCCAUCAGAGUUCUUGAUAUAAUUUUGAGGCAGCAUGCUGCUAAGCAAGGCUGCUUGCUUGUACGGCAAUCCUUUUUCCACAAUGAUCCAAACAAUUUUGCUGAUGUAGGAGGUGGUGUUCUUGGUUGUAGAGGAUUCCAUUCAAGUUUUAGAACUACACAGAGUGGCCUGUCUCUCAACAUAGAUGUUUCAACUACCAUGAUAAUUACUCCCGGGCCUGUGGUGGAUUUCUUAAUUUCCAAUCAAAAUGUUAGAGAUCCUUUUCAGCUUGACUGGGUUAAGGCCAAAAGAACCUUAAAGAAUCUGAGGAUUAAAACCAAGCCAUCCAAUCAAGAAUUCAAAAUUAAUGGGCUCAGUGAACUCCCAUGCAGAGAGCAGACUUUUACUUUGAAGGGUAAAGGUGGAGGGGAUGGUGGAGAUGGUAAUGAGGAAAUCACUGUUUAUGAUUAUUUUGUGAAUGUUCGAAAGAUAGAUUUGCCAUACUCUGCUGAUCUUCCAUGUAUUAAUGUCGGCAAGCCUAAACGCCCAACUUACUUUCCCAUUGAGCUUUGUGAAUUGGUAUCCCUGCAACGGUAUACAAAAGCUUUGACAAGCCUUCAAAGGGCCUCAUUAGUGGAGAAAUCGCGGCAGAAGCCACAAGAAAGGAUGAAAAUUUUGUCUGAUGCACUUAGAUGCAGCAACUAUGGGUCUGAACCUUUGCUCCGUAAUUGUGGAAUUUCUAUAAGCACUGGUUUCACUGAAGUGGAAGGUCGGGUUUUGCCUGCACCAAGGUUGAAGUUUGGCAACGGUGAGGACCUCAAUCCAAGGAAUGGGAGAUGGAAUGUUAGCAGCAAGAGGUUUGUGGAGCCAUCAAAGAUAGAAAGAUGGGCUGUUGCUAACUUUUCAGCACGCUGUGAUGUACGAGGACUUGUGCGUGACCUGAUUAGAAUUGGAGAUAUGAAAGGAAUUUCGAUAGAGCAGCCGUUUGAUGUGUUUGAUGAGAGUCCUCAGUUUAGGCGUGCCCCACCCAUGGUUAGAGUUGAAAAGAUGUUUGAAACCAUCCAGUCUAAGCUUCCUGGUGCUCCUCAGUUCCUUCUCUGUUUGCUUCCUGACCGGAAAAAUUGUGAUAUUUAUGGUCCAUGGAAAAAGAAGAAUCUUGCUGAUUUUGGAAUCAUUAAUCAGUGUAUGUGUCCUUCAAGGGUCAAUGAUCAAUACCUUACCAAUGUUAUGUUGAAGAUCAAUGCCAAGCUUGGUGGAUUAAAUUCAUUGUUAGGUGUUGAACAUUCUCCUUCUCUUCCCAUUGUUUCCAAAGCUCCUACCCUCAUUCUGGGCAUGGAUGUGUCACAUGGCUCUCCUGGGCAAACUGAUAUUCCUUCUAUUGCUGCGGUGGUCAGCUCUAGACAUUGGCCUCUGAUCUCUAAGUACAGGGCUUGUGUUCGUACCCAAUCUGCGAAGGCUGAAAUGAUAGAUAAUUUGUUCAAGCAAGUGUCUGAAAAGGAAGAUGAAGGCAUCAUGAGGGAACUUCUGCUUGAUUUCUAUUCAACUUCUGGAAGGAGAAAACCAGAAAAUAUUAUCAUAUUCAGGGAUGGAGUUAGUGAGUCACAGUUCAAUCAAGUUUUGAAUAUUGAACUUGAUCGUAUCAUUGAGGCUUGCAAAUUUCUGGAUGAAAAUUGGGAGCCAAAGUUUACUGUAAUUGUUGCUCAGAAGAAUCACCACACUAGAUUUUUCCAGCCUGGCGCUCCUGAGAAUGUCCCUCCUGGAACUGUUAUCGACAAUAAAAUUUGUCAUCCCAGAAAUUAUGAUUUCUACCUUUGUGCACAUGCUGGAAUGAUAGGAACUAGCAGGCCUACCCAUUACCAUGUGCUGUUAGAUGAGGUUGGUUUCUCUCCGGAUCAGCUACAAGAGCUUGUCCAUUCAUUAUCAUACGUGUAUCAGAGGAGCACUACUGCAAUUUCUGUUGUUGCCCCAAUUUGCUAUGCACACUUGGCGGCGUCCCAGCUGGGGCAUUUCAUGAAAUUUGAGGAUAAGUCGGAGACAACAUCAAGCCAUGGUGGAGGGAGUGGUGCUGGUGCUGUUCCGGUCCCUCAGAUGCCUCCUCUGCAUGAAGUUGUGCGCAACACAAUGUUCUUUUGUUGAGUGAGGCCUUAAGUUGCCUUGCUUCUUUUGAUGAAAAAGCUGUACAUGAGUUAUGUUGCUAUCUAUGCUUCAUGUGGACGGUUUAAGACUGAAAAGUAGGUUUCUCUAUGUGGAGGCUUUGCUUUCUAGAAUAAGGGUUUUGCAGGACAAAUGUGUGCAACACAAUGUUCUUUUUGUUGAAUGAGGUUAAGAUAUGCCUUUGCCUCUUUUGAUGAAAAUGCUGUACAUAAGUUAUGUGGUAGACUGCAGAGUACUCUUCUCUAUGUUGAGGCCUGCGUUCUAGGCCAUGCCUUUUUUAUGUUUUUUGUGGGCCCUAUCUCUUUUGCACUGCCAAGACUUGUUCUUUUUUAAUGCAUUUUAACUUUUGAGCUUUUA